AUGCUAAGAGCCAUUGCAAUCCUCCUCGGACAGGCUGACCAUGAACAGAAAGCGAAGAAGAUAGCGGAAACCACCUCUUUCCACAUGGUGGGAGCCAUCGAACGACUUGAAAAAGCAGCCGACGAUCACGAAGGGAAGAUAACAGCACUUGAUAGCUUCGUUAUAGAGGGAAGGUCAUACGCUAAUGUCGCACAAGCGAGACAACCCAAACCUGACUCCAGCAUCCUGGCACGAAGCGAAGCCCAGGCAAGACAGAUUCUAGUAGGCCGCAAAUCAAUGAGCGAAAUUUCAGGUCUAAAGGACCUAACGGAAGCGGAACUUGUCCGCAAAGCAAAGCAAGCCCUAGAGGGGAUGAAAGAAGGAGGGCUAGACGUCCCACAAGACGCAUCCUUCACAUGCGCCAGAAAGCUCCGUCAUGGAGGCGUUAUCUUUGAAACUGACAGCAUUGAAACAAAAGCCUGGCUAUCUUGUCAGAGCGCCAGCCAAGCCUUUAGCGAACAUUUCGGAAGCGAAACAAUGAUCAAAGACAGAACCUUAUAG